AAAGUUUCAAAAGGGUUUUCAUCGCCUUCUCAGUAUCUCUGUCAUUAUAUAUCUAGCUAAAGGCUGUAUUUUACGACUUUAACUCUUCAUCUUUAGCUCUCAUAUAGUUGAGUACCUGCCUUUUGAUUGUAUUUAACCUUACAAUCUGUCAUGGAGAGCUACAGAUCAUUUCUACAGCCACCAACCUAUGGAAAUAGCAUCACCAUCUUAAGCAUUGAUGGCGGAGGGAUCAGAGGAAUUAUCCCUGGAGUAAUCCUUGGAUUUUUAGAGUCUGAGCUUCAGAAAUUGGAUGGUGAAGAUGCGAGACUCGCUGACUACUUUGAUGUGAUAUCGGGCACCAGCACUGGUGGUCUUGUGACUGCAAUGCUUGCCGCUCCAAAUGACAAGAAUCGGCCUCUCUUUGCUGCCAAAGAGAUCAAGGACUUUUACCUUGACAAUUGCCCUCAAAUCUUCCCGCAAGAAACACACUUAAUGCUGGGACAAGCUGAAAAGCUAGUUAAAGCCGUGACUGGACCCAAAUAUGAUGGCAAAUAUCUCCAUAAUCUGCUCAAGCAAAAGCUGGGUGAGACCAAGUUACACCAAACACUGACUAAUGUUGUCAUCCCUACUUUCGACAUCAAAUUGCUCCAGCCCACCAUCUUUUCCAGCUAUGCAGUUCGUCUCGAUCAAACCCUUUCAUUUUUUUAUCAUUGUAUUACAUGUUCCUCUUUAUUUUUCCUUCUAAAAGAAACUCAUAUUCCGAUGUUUUGCACGGCUCAGUUGAAGCACCAUCCAAGCCUAGACGCCUUAUUGAGAGAUAUAUGCAUAGGAACUUCAGCUGCUCCUACUUAUCUUCCUGCCCAUAAAUUCGAAACUGAAGAUUCUGAUGGUAGCGUCAAAGAAUUUAACCUUAUCGAUGGUGGCGUGGCUGCUAACAAUCCGGCUUUAGUUGCAAUGAACCAUGUGACUAAGGAGGUUAGCCAAGGAAAUUCCGACUUCUUCUCGAUUAGAUCGCAGGAAUAUAGUCGCUUCCUUGUUCUAUCCUUGGGAACUGGUACAGCGAAAGAGGAAGGAAAGUAUGAUGCAGAGCAAGCAGCGAAAUGGGGAAUUCUGGGUUGGCUCACAAGUGGUGGUUCAACUCCGCUAGUGGAUGUAUUCUCUCAAGCAAGUAGCGAUAUGGUUGACUUUCACCUUUCUACUGUUUUUCAAACACUUCAGUCUGAAGAAAAUUAUUUACGAAUUCAGGAUGACACAUUAACAGGAGACUUGGCUUCCGUGGAUGUUGCAACGGAGGAAAAUCUACAGAAUCUUGUCAAAGUUGGGGAGAAUUUGUUGAAGAAGCCAGUUUCGAGGAUUAAUUUGGAGACUGGUGUUUUUGAGCCUCUAAAUAAAGGCACAAAUGAGGAGGCUCUCAAAAGGCUGGCUGAGACGCUCUCCAAGGAGAAGCGGCUUCGCGAUCUGAGAUCACCUACUUCGCAUGUGCCAAAGAGCCAGAAAUGAUCCUAAUCAGUCCUCAACAAUCUAUUUAGGGCUCAACAAUUCAACUGAAGUUUUUGUUGUUUGAAGAUUUUAAUUAUUUGUAUGAAUACAAGUGUAUAAAAUUCCCCCGCUCAUGCAUGCACGCACGCACGCACGUGGUGGGGAAGGGAUUGUAAUUCUUUGCAGUAAUGCUUUUGAAUGGAAUCAAUUCAUUUAUUCGUUUCUAAAA